ACAGAUACCAAAUAACCGCUCAAAAAUAUGCCGGAGGAGAUAAAUCGCCAAUCCCUUUCUUCAUUCUUUUCCUGCAUAAAAACAGGAACGUAUCGUAUGCACUGAGUGGCUGGCCAUCCAGCGUCUAACCACUACCUAGCCUUCCCCCCAGAUUCACCAACACAUCACAGGCAGGACCCUUCUAGGAAGCCUACUAGCCUGCCAAUCAUCCCCCCUUCCCCGCCCGCUGUCCUAGGUACUUCUCCUCACCGCCGCCUCGAUGGUAUACUUCGAUACCUUACCGACGACCGCCAGCUCCUCGCGCAGCUCGUCCCCUCCGCACCCAAACACGCCCGAUACCCGGCCCACCUUCAGCACACGGUCCUCGUUCCGGCGCACAGGCACGCUCAAGAUCGAACGCUACGUCGGCCAACAAGCCAUCACGAUCUCGCGAGAAAUGUCGCCGACGCUGCCCGAGCACAACGUGCCCGAGUUCCGCGCACCGACCUUCCCCCUCUCCCACGCCUCGCGACAGAAACCGCGGAAAUGGCCCCUCGUCUUCCGCUUCAUCAAGGGUUCGAUCCACCACGUUAUCAUUGUGCCCAUCACGCUCCAUGCGCUCUUCACCACACUCAUAGUCUACCUGGACCAAAGCCUGCACUUCAGCCUGGGCCUACCGAGCUCCAUCGUGCCCUCGCUCUCCAUCGUUGUGGGCCUGAUGCUCGUCUUCCGCAACUCCAGCAGCUACGACCGAUACUGGGGCGGGCGGCAGGGGAUCCAACGGAUCGUGUCGAUCGUGCGGAACCUCACGCGGUCGUUCCUGAUCUGCGGGCCGCUGGAAAAAGACGGCGACCGCGAGGAAACGGAAAAGACCGUGCGCUGUCUCGUCGCGAUUCUCUACGCGGUGAAGAACUAUCUGCGCGGGAACUGGGGGAUCGCCGGAUACGAUCCCGCGUACAAUGACCUCCUGCCGCGCGGGAUGAAGGGGCACGAAUCCGAGGGCCUAGGCAUGCCGCUGGAGCUGUGCUGCGUCAUCGAACGGUACAUCAAGCGCGGCGUGAACCGCGGCGCCUUCAACGCGCCGCAGUCGGCCAUGCUGAGCGGGCAGGUCAAUAGCCUCCUCGACGCGUUCGGGAGCAUGGAGACGAUCAAACUCACGCCCAUCCCCGUGUGCCACCAGAUCCACCAGAAACAGGUGCUCGCCCUGUACUGCUGCGUGCUGCCGUUCUGCCUCGUCGGCGAGCUGGGCUGGUGGAGUAUUCCCGUCAUCGUCAUGGUGUGCUUCACCCUCUAUGGCAUCGAGGGCAUCGGAGAGGAACUAGAGGACCCCUUUGGCGACGAUAAAAACGAUAUUCGCAUGGAUGAGAUUAUUGAGGACGUCCGUGCUGAGGUCAUGGUCAUGCUGCGCGGGUUUAACAGUGGUGAGGGGAUAUAUUAUCAGGGCGAGUAGUUGGUAGAGCGAGGUCACGUGAUGCAUGUAAUUAUUGGCGCGGGGUUAGAGGAGUUGUAGGAGUUGUAGGAGUUAUGGUAGGCAUUGGUUAUGAGUGAGUAGGUUAUGAGUGAUGAUGGAUGGAUGAUGAUGACCCGAUGAUGACCCGAUGAUACCCCGAACAUUCGUUUUUAGUUUUAGUGUUAGCAUGCAUUUCUAUUUUUUUUUGACUCUGCUCUUAUCUGUUCAUUCCACUAUCAUGUAACUAGUGUAGUGUGUGAUUUCUGUAGAGGUGGGUGGUUUACGUAGAGGUGGUUUGGUGUACAGUUAGAUGUUGGAUAGGCAUAGCGAGCGAGUUACUGGAUAGUUAGGAUGGAUACAAGUUUGGACGAUACUAUGGAAGAUGCUACGGAAG